ACAAGUCAGACGUACGUUAGGCAUUACCGAAUUGGGCCUCCAAUUCGACUCUGCGAGAUUGUGACUGCGAGAUACUGUCUCGCAAGGACGCUGCUCCUGCUGCUGGCAAACCAAAAGCACAAACCAAGAAUCAGUCACACACCACACAGGAAUGAUGUGAUCUUCUUCUCCUAAAAAAGCUCACCUCUUUUACUCUUUUUCUCGCUUUUUUUUUUUUAAAUUCCUGGCGCUAUCUGGCAUUACCGUGCUGAUAAAGGGUUGGACUUCAGAAUCAUUUUUGAGGGUUCUUAGCAAUUUUCAUUUUCUUCUGCUGAAAGCAUACAGUGCACAAGUCUGGAUAUUGGAAUAACUUUUGCUACCAAGGGUUAUGAAGCCAUCAAAUAACAUAUGGAUUCGACGCCAGCAAUGCCCAUGUGGAGAUUGGAAAUGCUAUAUUAAGUAUGAAGGAGAUGAUCAGACAUCAAUGAGCUCUCAUCUUGUAAAGAAUGAGACACCAUCAAUAUCAUCAUCAGCAGAAGUUGUCUUUACACCUUAUGUAGGCCAAAUUUUCAAAAGUGAUGAUGAUGCUUUUGAGUAUUACAGCAAUUUUGCUCGGAAGAAUGGAUUUUCAAUCAGGAAAGCACGGUCAACUGAAAGCCAAAAUUUAGGGAUUUAUAGACGAGAUUUUGUUUGUUAUCGAUCUGGAUUUAAUCAACCAAGAAAAAAGGCCAACGUGGAGCAUCCCCGGGACAGGAAGUCAGUUCGAUGUGGAUGUGAUGCAAAAUUGUAUCUUACUAAGGAAAUUGUUGAUGGUGACACUCAAUGGUAUGUCUCACAGUUUAGCAAUGUUCAUAAUCAUGAAUUAUUGGAAGAUGACCAGGUGCGCUUGCUACCUGCAUAUCGGAAAAUACAGGAGGCUGAUCAAGAACGCAUUCUUUUGCUAUCCAAAGCAGGGUUUCCUGUUAAUCGGAUAGUGAAGGUGUUGGAGUUAGAAAAGGGUGUUCAACCAGGACAAUUGCCCUUUAUAGAGAAGGAUGUUAGAAAUUUUGUUCGAACUUGUAAGAAGACUGUCCAAGAAAAUGAUGCUCUGCUCACUGAAAAGAGAGAGAAUGAUACAUUAGAACUUCUUGAGGCCUGCAAGGCUAUGACAGAGAGGGAUGCAGAUUUUGCUUAUGAUUAUACAACUGAUGAAAAUGAAAAGGUUGAAAAUAUUGCAUGGUCAUAUGGAGACUCUGUCCGUGCAUGUACAAUUUAUGGUGAUGUAGUUACAUUUGACACCUCAUAUCGUUCUAUUACAUAUGGGUUGCUCCUAGGAAUGUGGUUUGGCAUGGAUAACAAUGGGAAGGCAAUUUUAUUUGGAUGUGUUUUGUUGCAAGAUGAAAGUUCUGAUUCCUUUGCAUGGGCUUUACAGAGUUUUGUUCGCUUUAUGCGAGGAAGACAUCCACAGACAAUUAUAACAGAUAUAGAUUCAGGUCUGAGGGAUGCUAUAGCAAGGGAGUUGGCAAACACUAAACAUAUUAUAUGCAUAUGGCACAUUCUGUCCAAAUUAUUCAGCUGGUUCUCUUUUUCUCUUGGAUCACAGUAUGAAGAUUUUAAAGCUGAGUUUGAUAUGCUGUGUCGCCUUGAAAGUGUAGAAGAUUUUGAACACCAGUGGAAUCUUUUGGUUGCUAGAUUUGGACUUGCUUCAGAUAAGCAUAUGGGUCUUCUCUUUUCAUAUAGAGGAUACUGGUCAUUUUCCUGUAUCAGAGGUUACUUUCUGGCUCGUUCCUUGACAGCUGAGUUUUCUCAAUGUCUGGAUGUAUUCUUAAAAAGUAUAUUGAGAGGACAAACAUGUUUGCAAGUAUUCUUUGAGCAGGUUGCUCUUGCUGCCAACUUUGGAAAUCAAAGCAGAGAUGGGAUGCAGUAUAUGCAUAUCAAGACGAGCAUGCCUAUUGAAGAACAUGCAAGAAGUGUUCUCACACCUUAUGCCUUUAAUGUAUUUCAGCAUGAAAUAAUUUUGUCCCUGCAGUAUGGAACACAAGAAAUGGCAGAUGGAUCAUACCUUCUGAGGCACUACAAGAAAAUGGAUGGGGAAUGUCUUGUAAUUUGGAUACCAGAAGAGGAGCAAAUUCAUUGUUCAUGCAAGGAAUUUGACCAGUCUGGAAUAUUAUGUAGGCACUCUCUUAGAGUACUUUCAGUCAAGAACUACUUUCAGCUCCCGGAAAAAUACUUACCUCUUCGUUGGCGAAGGAAGCAUUCUUUGUUGCCAAUGGAUGAUCAAAAUGCUCAAAGCAACAGUGAUGAGUGUGCUCAAACCUUUCAUUCUCUUGCUUCAACUCUAUUGACAGAGUCAUUGGUAUCCAAGGAACGUUUUACUCAUGUUCAUCGAGAACUUACAGGACUUCUUGAUCAUGUUCGAACUAUGCCUAUGACAGAAGAAUUCUCGUUGAAUAUGACCAAUAACAAUAUUAGUGAAUCUUAGCAUUGCUGAUGUGCCAAGUGGAAGCUAGUAUGCAGUUGGAACCCUGCUCAUUCAAAAAGUUUAGGCUCCUUGAUCAUGUUCGAACUAUGCCUAUGACAGAAGAAUUCUCGUUGAAUAUGACCAAUGACAAUAUUAGUGAAUCUUAGCAUUGCUGAUGUACCAAGUGGAAGCUAGUAUGCAGUUGGAACCCUGCUCAUUCAAAAAGUUUAGGAUACCAGGAAGAAAUACGCAUGUAUUGAAGUACAUAAAAAAAAGGCAUAUUACUUUUGAAAAUUGGCUGACAAAAUAGGGGUGGUGAAAUACAAAUUUUGGGUUUUUCUCCACAGACCAUCCUAUAAUCCAUAACUGGAAAUUUAUUUUCAUCUUCUGCUGUACUCAAUUGAUGUAGUUGCUCAAUGUUUAAAAAGAUUUGGGAAAUCCUUGUUACUUGCUGGUGUAAGAUGUAAGAUGCAUUUUUUGGAUACAUACCUUUCAAGAAUGGUGGGGAAAGGAAUAGAAAUGGAAAGAUAGGUUCUUCUCUUUGACUUGGAAAGAGUUAUUUUAGUCUCAGUCGUUCAAUGUUCUGAAUCAGUAUGAAAAUCAUCAGGUUUGCUAUUAA